GGCGGGAUAAGCUGGCUCAGCAACGUUUCACGCCGCCCGUUGGCGCAGGCUUAUUCGGGGAUGCGCGGUCGCGCUGCCCCCUGCGCCCACGGUCCGGCGAAACCAUUGCGCCGCGCUGCGCUUUCUUUUUGCAGGCCGAUCUCGCCUCGGACGCCGUCCCACGACCCUCGACCAGCGACCACGUCCCCGAACUGCCUGCCAUGGCCGCCCCCGCCAACGACCCCGAGCUGCUGUCCUUUGUCGAGCAGUACUGGGCCGGCCGCCUGCCGCACAGCGCCAUCUACCAGCUCGUCCUCUCCGACGCCAGGUUCACCCACGCGUCCAAGGGCGUCGUGCGCGCGCGUGUGAUCCUGACCAAGAACCACGUCAACUCGCACGGCGGCAUCCAUGGGUCGACGUCGGCCACGUUCUUCGACUGGGUCGGCGGCAUGGCCAUCGCGGCGUGGGACAAGCGCUCCAAGACGGGCGUCAGCACCGACAUCCACGUCACGUACCAGAGCUCGGCGCGGGAGGGUGACGAGGUCGAGAUCGAGGGCACCGCGACCAAGGUCGGCGGCACCCUGGCGUUCACAAAGUGCUGCAUCUACAAGGUUGUCGAUGGCGAGCGGGGCGCCGUCAUUGCCGAGGGCAGCCACACCAAGUUUGUCAAGGUUUGAGGGAUUGCGACCUGCAAAGGCGCCCAACUCCACACGCCAUCUUCUUUGGGCCAUCAUUCCGCGCCCCAUGAAUGACGUUCCCACUCGGAUGGCGGAGAGAAACAUGCCCUGUCUUUAGAACUCGUGCCGAGCCUCGCGGCUACGACUGUGUGAGAAUUUAAAGGGUUGACAUGCACAUGUGCAGCGUAGAUAUAGACUUUCAAUCGAUGCAUUCACAAUUUACGC